AUGCCAUCUUUCUAUGAUUCCGACUUUUCUAGUUAUCACGUUCCGACAUCUUCAACGAGGGCUCAACAUGGGAAUCCCGAUCCAAGUAUUGUAUGGAUGCUACAGAAGCUCCAUAUCAAUCGUGAUGGGAAUGGACGGCUAUCUCCACCAGGAAAGCGUCAAUCUCCUAACAUCAACCCACUUGAAUCCCAUGUUGGCCAACAUGAGGUCCGUGAUGAAGCUCAGUCUAUUGCCGAGUCUAGCCCGCUAUGCAAUAUGAAAGAGUCAUUUCUUCAUGGGAGAUCACAGUGGAUUGACGAGCCAGUCAUAACCAAAUGGAGAGAACCCAGCAAAGAACUUGACCGAGUACUUGCCCAAGUCGAUCAUCUUUACCAGCAAUGGAGUCUCUCAAAGCCAUCUCCUUUCGAUCCUUUCUUUGACAAGCUGUGGAUGGAGACUGCCGAUAUCCUCCGCGAUGUUGGGCUUCCAUGGCACAACAAUAACUUGAACAUGCCUGACGAAACUGAUUCAAGCUGGCCCUUUCACUUUAAAACAUUUGAAAGAGUCGCAAUUCUCGCCAAAGGCAAAAGGGUUCAGGAUGCAGAUGCCUCCGGCUAUAUCACCAACUGGAGUGAAGGCAACUACUAUGGCAUUCGAGCUCUUAAACAGGAGCUUUAUUCCCACUAUCCAAAACAAGAGCCUAUCCUCUUGAUCGACCAUCUGGAAAGCGAGAUUGCAGAGGCUGCGUCCCAUAUAUUCGGUCUUGAGUGGCAUCGAGUGUCUUUGAAUGACUCAAAUACACUGAUGGAUACUAUUCGUCGCCUCACUUCCAACGGGGAAAGGCCUAUCAUCUUUGCCGCCACUUUGGCCAACAUGAGUGGAGAUGUGGAUGAUAUUUCCAUGAUUGACAAGCUUUCUCGUAACUUCCCACUCAUACUCCAUCUGGAUGCUUCCCGGGUGUUCGACUUCUUGACAACAGUCGGCGAAGAUUUUCGCCGACUUCUCGGGAUACCUCGUCUUCGUCUCCACCACGCCAAGCCUGGUGAGCGCGGCUGUCUCGUCAAUGGGGAGAUCAUUGCGAGCACUAUCGUUGCUGGAGGUUCAAAUGCCUAUGUCCACCCACCUCCUGUUGUUGCACUCAAGCCCAAACUACUCGGCAAUCAAACCCCAACUCGUGUCGAAUAUGUCAGGGGUACCGAUGGAACGCUUUCUGGGUCGAGAGACUCGAUUGGCCCUCUUAUGCUCUGCCUUCAAGAGCUUCGUUUUGGAAACAGAGGGUUUCAAGAGAUUUAUGAAGGUUGUUUCAUCAGGAAACUGAGACUGAUGAAUGAACUGAGGUCCUUGGGCAUCCACUUCUAUGCUCCCCCCACUUCAUUAGAUCUGGUCGUUCAAGUCUCAGCCGGUCGUUUCAGUGACUUGGUAGAUCUCGGAGCCAAAGCAGUCCGAUCUGAUGGUUACCUUAUCACUAUGCAGCCCAGCAUCAGUGGUGAGAACAUCAGGUCUUUAUUACGCGUCCUUGGGUCUCAUGAUGAGCUUCUUUUGUCCAAAUCAGCAGCUAAGAUCGUACUUCAUUCACCAACAACGCGCUACUUUCUUCCCGAUGGGGUGGUGGAGAGGCUAUGGCAGACAGUCCAGAGCUUCAAGAUUGCGGCUCGGUAUUCGUGUGGCUAUCCCCUGAAUCAAGCUCCGUACUCAGCUCUAGGUCCUGUCAUUGGACACUUUUUAGGAGUCCGAAUUCCUGAGGGAUGGGCCAAACGCGAAGCUUCCAAGAUUUUGCAGCAGCGAAAGCAAGCAUUGGGCCUCUUGACUGAAAAGUCUCAGGAGUCGUUUAGUGCCUGUUUCACUACAGGCAGCACCAUGGGCAACCGAAUUGGACUUCAUACUGGUCUUAUCCAGUACCCGGAUGCGUUUGUGUAUUUCUCUUCUGCUUCGCAUUACAGCGUCAAGAAGACUGUCAAGGAUUGUGAUACAUGGACUCGUCGCUGGAUGCCAGGUAGAGUAACUCGCUUUGCCGAGAUUCCGGCUGAUGCAUAUGGUCGCAUGAUUCCGAAUGCACUCAGACAGCAAGUUCUGUCCGACAAAGCCGACUGUGAUGCCCAUGGAGAGCAGUAUCAGAUGAUUCUCUUUGCCAAUAGAGGUACCACCUUUGUUGGAGGUCAGGACGAUAUUGUGUUGCUCGCACAAACACUAGCUCAGAUUGAGGUAGUCCCAUCUUACAUUCAUGUUGAUGGUGCAUUGGAUCUCGGCUUCAUCGCUGAUGGGCUCCGUCUAGGGCCGCCAGGUGUUCAAGAUGCCAGUUCAAAUACUCCUGUAGUGCAAGGCAUCACGCUCAGUCACCACAAAGUGUUUGGAAUCAUGGUUUCUGGAGAAGUCAUCAGCUACUGCCCCAACCAUGGCAAGCAAUUCGAAGCCCUGGCUGGAACUGUGGACCCUCGAGCUGUGUUAGAAACGUGGCUCUUUGAGAAGACCUACACCACCGCUGACUUGGCCACCAUCUGGAACUACUGCUUGGGUAAUGCUCGAAUGUUGCGCGAACUCCUUGCAGAACACAAAGUGCCAACGCAUUUCAAUCAAGACAGCAUCAUCACACUCUUGGAGUAUCCGCCACGAUGGCUGGUCCAAGAGUUUCACCUCGCUCCUGAAGGAGAUUGGGUUCAUUUCAUCACAAUGCCUCAUAUUUGCCCUACAACCGUCCGACGGUUCGUACGUGCAGUUGCGGCAAUUGAUACAAACUGUGGUACUGCGUUUGACUACGUCGGUCACUCUCUUGCUUCAUCUUUACAUUUGAGCGGACGUACACAGCUCCAACGUCUUACAAGUAGGAACACCUACAGCGAAAAGGUACUGGCAGUCGCAAACCCAGCCAUCUUGCAGAACCCGCAAGCUCGGAGUGUUUGUGAUGAUCUUGGUCUGAGAGUGCUUUAUGACAUUAAAUCGCGUUUUAUUUACAGCGCCAUGUCUUUUGCAGCUUUCAAUGAUAUGGACGAGCCGCUGGUUGUGUUUCUUGCCGAUGGGACUGGUGACAGAUUGCUUAAACCUAGCUUGAUGCUUGUGAAAUACUGCUUCCACGACAGGGUACAUAUGCUUCACGACAUUGCCAUUCAAGUUUUUGGGCAUGUGGGUGAUUUACUAGGUGUGGAUGUGGUGACAGAUGCUUGGAGCUUCCAGACUUGUUUCUUUUAG